UCUUCGCUUCCUUCGACGAAAUAGUGUGUAUAUACAGCUCUACCGCGGCACACACUAAACAAUCUUUACUCCAUCAUCGCAUCAGUGCUCCGGCUCCCGAUUGUUUUUCCUUAUUCUAUAAAUUUACAAAUUUAACAAAAUUAAGUUUUCCCAACAAUUUUUCGAAUGAAAUGAGUUUUCCUUAGAAAAGAAAUCUUUAGUCCUGUUUUUUUAAAAAAAAAGGAUACCUAUAAUGUAAACAAAGUGAAUUAUGAAAAUGUCUGUUUUAUAAUUUUUGAAAGUGAAGAAAAAGAAAUUUAGUGAAAAUCCAAUGUUUUUCAUCAAUCCUCCGGUCUCCGGUGUUGUGUUUCCACUUUUUUUUUCGUUUUUUUAAUUCUUCAUGUCUUUAUAUCCGUGUGCGCGGCGAAUGAAAAUGAUAAAAUUGUGAGUGUUUAGUGAGUGCAAUGCACAACCACAAGUACACCUUUUACAACACCUACACUAUACUACACACUAUACACACACACACGGGCAACUGGAAAACCCAUGCACAAUCCUCCUCUUUUGGAAAAUAGAGAGGAAAAUCUAAAACACACAUCAACACAUUACACUAUCGUAAAACAAAAAUAAAGAAAAGAAAAAACAACAAAAAAAAAAGAACAUUAAAAAGAGGCAUAGGAAAGAAAAUUAUAAUUUCAACCCUCCUCAUCACGUCAUCCGUUAUAUUCCCGUUAGUAUAGUGCUGUCGUGCGGGUAGUGUGGCGAUAAAACCGAAAGACCUCUCGCUAGAUCCACGGCCAUUACCACAUUCUUGGGUUUUCUUCUUCCCUUACUUUUGUUGGUGGUGUUUUUUUUCAAAAAAAUAAAACAGCGUUAUAGUCAUCAGCUAGCCAGCCAGCUAGAGCCAAAGCCAGAGCCAUUGCCUUUGCUUUGCUUUGCUUUGCCCUGCCAUCAUCAUCCAUCCGGCUGCCUGUUCGUCAUUCUUCCUAGUUUGAGUUGGGCAUUAGUGGGCUCUGUACUGUUUGCCGUUUGGUAGUAGUGUGCUAGUGCAGCAGGAGUGCGGGGGUGGCACCAUCAUCGUCAUCAUCAUCGUCGCUUACAGAAAAGGUAUAGGUACAGGAGACUAUUUUCGCUAUAACCGGGAUACAUUAAACACUUUUAUAUUUUGCCGGAGAAUCGUGGAGAUUUUUUUAACGGUAGCAAAAUGAUGAACUUUUCGGCAUUUGGGGGCCCAUUCUCGGGCAUCCAUCAAUUUGCGGCUAAAUUUGGUCACGAUACACAAACGCCGGGCGCUUUUACAACACCAGGAGUUAACGGAAGCAACGCUAACGACAAUCAUGCUGCACAACGCUACCAGACCAACGGCAAUCAUUUCAAUCAAAAUGCACCCUCAGCUAAUAAUAUGCAAUACGGACAGAAUAUCUCGAUACCAUAUACUCAACCGCAAGGUGAUUUGAAUUUUCUUAAUUCGUCCGAUCAUAAAGGAAAAAUUCAUCCAAAAAUUGAACGGGACCGCGAAGAAGUGAUUAAUCAACAAAUUUUACAAAAUGUCAACCAAUCUUGGCAAAACCUUGCAAAUACAGCGAAUACAGUUGAUUAUUCAUCUCAUUUGCUGUCAGCAACACUGCCAAUAUCAUUACAACACUUCCUUAAAUACUCCGAAACAAUAAAAAAAGAAUCGUCAGGUAUAGUCGGCUCACAAAUUAACUCAGGAAAUUUAAAUUUAGGAAAUCUAGACACCACAUCCGGUUUCAAUAUUAAAGGUGAGGUUUUAAAGAACGGUGCCAAUUUGAGCCUAGCACUUGGCGGUAUACAUUCGUCAAACAAUACAAACAAUACUAGUAACCAUAAUCAUAAUGGAGGAGGAGGUGGAGGUGGUGGAGGAGGAGGAGGAAUUGUUGGCAUGGAUGCACACCUUACUAAUCUUUCAGAUGCAUCAGGUGUUCCAACUACGACAUCAGCACCUGCCGCUGCUAAUACAACUACAACAACAACACCUGGUACAACGACAACCGGCAAAAAGACAAAGAAAAAGAAGCCACCAAAGGAAAAGAAACCCCGACCCAAACCAGGUGAGAUUCGAGAAACAAAAGCUCUCGACGGAUCGACGUUAUAUUGUUGUCCGGAAUGUCAAAUGGCAUAUCCCGAUCGAAGUUUGAUUGAACAGCAUGUUAUAUCACAUGCUGUUGAACGGCGAUUCGUUUGCGAUAUUUGUAAUGCUGCUCUUAAGAGGAAGGAUCACUUGACCAGGCACAAGUUAUCUCAUAUUCCAGACCGGCCACAUGUGUGCAAUAUUUGCAUGAAGUCUUUUAAACGCAAGGAACAGUUGACCUUGCACAUCGUGAUUCAUUCGGGAGAGAAAAAACACGUUUGCAUAGAAUGUGGAAAAGGUUUCUACCGCAAAGAUCACUUAAGAAAGCAUACGCGAUCUCAUAUUGCAAGACGCGUCAAAUCAGAGGUUUCCGCUCAAAAUGUCAAUGGCAACAAUAACAACAACAACAACAAUAACCAGAACAGCACUCUACACGGUUCCUGAGGGUCGUACAAGGACUUUUGGUAGAUAUCUAUAAAUUUCUUUCGUAUUGUUUGUUAAUAUCUCACAAAAAUAAUUGCUAUAUAUAAAUUAUGAUAUUAAUAUCUAAUUUAUAGUAGUAAUUAUUUUUAUUGAGUUUUAACAUCAUAAAGAAAUUUAUCGAUUAUCUAUCAUUGGUCCUGCUGAGCGCCAACAUUUUUAUGUUAAAUUAAUUAUUUCAAAUCUCCACAUAUACUCAUAUGUAUGAACAUAUAUGUAUUUAGUUUAAUAAGAUAUAAUAUAUGUGCAUAUGUAUGUGUAUUGUAUAUAAUUAAGUUUAUUUUUUUUUUUAUUUGUGAAUUUACUGAUAUUGAUAUCAAUAUUCCAAUAUAUGAUAUAAGUAUAUUAUUAUUUUUGAUUCUUCAAAUUCCAAAAUGGCUGAAAAUCCGUGUGUAAUGAUCAAUUAGGUGUGAGUUUAUAAAAAUAAAAAAUAAAAAGGUGAACAAUUUAUUUUUCUUUUGAAAGUUUUCCUUUUAGUUGCAAUAUCUUAGUUUAUUCUUUUGUUAUUUUAUUCUUUGAUUAAUGUUAUUAAAUUAAGUAGGUACAUAUAUACAAACAAAAUCUUACAUUUGUAUAUUGCAAUAAUAAUUAUAAAAACUAAAAAUUAUUAAAAUAAUCGCACAAGUUACAUUUUACAAGAAAGAAAAGAAAAACAAAAACAAAAACAAAGCAAGUAAUCUUAAUGUGAAAAUUGUUAACUAAAUUGUCUUCAAAAUACACACCAUACAAAAAGUGGAUACAAAAUAAAACAGCAAUUAAAAUGUACAAAAUAGUUUAUGAAAAAAAAACAUACAAAUUAAAAUGCAAUUUUUUAAGAUAUAAAACAAAAUAAAAACCUCUAACUUGUUUAUAUAAAACAAAAAAGAUAACAUUAAAAAAAGAAAUGAUCACUGUGAUCCUAUUUUGUAACAAUUAUACUGCAAUUUAGUGUAAGAUUGUUUAAUUUUUUUUUUCAUAAUUAUUCUUUUAUUUUUGCUUUACAAAGAGAUUUUAU